AUGAGUGUAUGUGAGCCAAUGGGCCGGUCAAAUCAAGGUUUUUGCGAUCAAGAGCAGCAGCCUCGCAGUUCGGAUUCCAUUGGGACUGUUUCUUGUACCACUUUCAAUAUUCUUGCACCCAUUUACAAACGUUUGAACGGCAAGAAUUGUGAGAGUGAGUUCCGUGAAAUUUGGCUUGGUCGGAAUAUAAGCAUACUGGAUGGAAUUUCACACUUCGGCACAUCAUCUUCUUAUUUUGGAUUAGGAAUUUGGGUGCAUAACGAAGAACUUGUCAAACUGUAUGAUAAGAGGCUUGGAGAUACAGGAUACGUGACAUACAAACUUGCACGAACAAAUAACAGGGGAGAUGGUACAUUAACUUCCACUUGA